AUGAGGUUAGUCGAGACUCUUGCUGCAAUAGUGGGGCUGGGUGCUCUUGCGCUCCAGCCCAUCACCGUCGCUGCCCAGGGUGAAACGAAAAUCCACGAAAGAGGCCGGUGCGCGAUUCGCGGACAUUGUGGAAAACAAUCUAUCUUUGGAGGGGAGCUACCCUGUCCCGAUAAUGGUCUGGCCGAGCAACCAGAGGACUCGGUGCGCGAGAAGCUGGUAAAUCUUUGUGGUAGCAAAUGGAGCGAAGGGGCAGUCUGUUGUAAAGACGAGCAGGUCGAUGCGCUCGCGAAAAACCUCAAACUAGCCGAAGGAAUUAUCGCGUCCUGUCCGGCCUGCCGAGAUAACUUUUUCAACAUCUUCUGUACCUUCACUUGCUCCCCCGACCAGUCACUGUUUGUAAAUGUGACCAAGACAGAGCCGAAAGGUGACAAGAGAUUGGUGACGGAGCUGGAUAACAUUUGGUCUGAGGAGUACCAAAGCGGCUUCUAUGACAGCUGCAAAAACGUCAAAAAUGGUGCAUCUGGCGGAAAAGCCAUCGAUUUCAUCGGUGGAGGCGCGAAAGAUUAUGCAGGGUUUUUGAAGUUUUUGGGCGACAAGAAGUUCCUUGGAAGCCCGUUCCAGAUCAACUACCAUACAGAGCCUACUGGCGCAGAUCCUGAAGGCAUGGAAGCUUUAUCAAUUACGCCAAAGGCUUGCAACGACCCGGACAAAGCUUUCCGCUGCUCUUGUGUUGACUGCCCAGAUGUGUGCCCCGAGUUGCCUGCUGUGUCUACUCAAAAAGCGUGCCAUGUUGGCCUUCUCCCAUGCCUAUCUUUCGCCGUCAUCGUGGUAUAUUCCACAUUCUUACUAUUUGUCAUGGCUCUUGCUAGCUAUGUGACCUACAAGGAACGCCGGUUCCGUAAGCCAGAGCGAGUGCGCCUACUGCAAGACCCCACGCCCAGCGAUGAUGAGGAUGACGGGGAAGUUGUCCGUCAAGGAGGGUACAUGGAACAGCCCCAAGGGGUCUACAAACUGAACUCCUUUCUAUCUGCCUUGUUCUAUCGCAUCGGCGGUGCUUGCGCUCGGUUCCCCGCAAUCACAAUCUCAUCCAGCGUCAUUGUCGUUGUGUUACUGAGUCUGGGCUGGCUACGUUUCACAGUUGAGACAGAUCCUGUUCGCUUGUGGGUAAGCCCGUCGUCGGCAGCCGCUCAGGAAAAAGACUUCUUUGAUAAGAACUUUGGGCCAUUUUACCGAGCCGAGCAGGCGUUCUUGGUGAACGACCGCCCAGCGAAUGAUUCUAGACCACUUUUGGAAUACGAUACCCUCAACUGGUGGUUCGAUGUAGAGUCUCGUGUGCGGCGCAUGAUUUCCGUGGAGCUGGCUCUCAACCUUGAUGACAUAUGCUUCAAACCUACAGGCGACGCUUGUGUCAUCCAGUCUGUUACUGGGUAUUUCGGCGGCUCAGCCGGAAAUCUUGACCCGCAUACCUGGAUGGAUCGAUUGACUCACUGCACCGAAUCACCUGGAGAUCCUAGCUGUCUCCCCGACUUCUCACAGCCUCUCCGACCAGAAAUGAUUCUCGGAGGACACGAAGAGACAGGAAAUGUUCUAGACUCGAAAGCACUCAUCACCACUUGGGUGGUAAAUAAUUAUGACCCAGGAACUGAUGGCGAGGCAAGAGCCAUCGACUGGGAGAAUACUUUCCAGGGUAUCUUGGGAGUAGUUCAAGAAGAAGCUGCAGAGAGAGGCCUUCGAGUCUCCUUCAAUUCCGAGGUCAGCUUGGAGCAAGAACUCAACAAGUCCACAAAUACCGAUGCGAAGAUUGUCGUCAUCAGCUAUCUGAUCAUGUUCCUUUACGCCUCGAUCGCCUUAGGAUCAGCUACGGUUACUUGGCGGUCUUUGUUAACGAACCCUGCCAAUGCUCUUGUCCAAUCCAAGUUUACUCUGGGUAUUGCGGGCAUUGUUAUUGUUUUGAUGUCAGUAUCUGCAUCAGUCGGGCUGUUCUCCGCAGCCGGUGUCAAGGUGACCUUGAUUAUUGCGGAAGUGAUUCCAUUCUUGGUACUGGCAGUGGGUGUGGAUAAUAUCUUCUUGAUUGUCCACGAGUUUGAGCGAGUGAAUCUCAGCCACCCCGAUGAAGAGAUUGACGAAAGAGUAGCCCGAGCAAUUAGUCGCAUCGGACCCAGCAUUUUCCUUUCUGCCUUGACAGAGACUGUGGCCUUUGCUCUUGGUGCUUUCGUUGGUAUGCCUGCGGUCAAGAACUUUGCAGCAUACGCUGCAGGGGCUGUCUUUAUCAAUGCCAUCCUGCAGGUCACCAUGUUCACUUCUGUGUUAGCUUUGAACCAGAGGCGCGUACAGAGUCUUCGUGCUGACUGUCUGCCUUGCCUCACUGUUCACAAGGCAAGCUCAUUCGGGUUCCCCAACGAUUACGAUGACCAAGAAGGGGAAAGUAGUCUACAGACCUUCAUUCGCCGUGUCUACGCUCCUUUCCUUCUGGAUCGUCGGGUAAAGGCUGGUGUUGUCAUUUUCUUCUUAGGCCUUUUGACUGCUGGUCUGGCCUUGAUUCCGAAGGUUGCUCUCGGUUUAGAUCAGCGGAUUGCACUUCCUAGGGACUCUUACCUGAUCAAUUACUUUAAUGACCUGGACGCUUACUUUGGUGUCGGUCCUCCAGUCUAUUUUGUGACUCGCAACGUGAAUGUCACGCAGCGGAACCACCAACAACAGUUGUGUGGGCGCUUUACUACAUGCGAAGAAUAUUCACUGCCUUUUAUUCUCGAACAAGAAUCGAAGCGUCCAGACGUGUCCUAUCUUGCAGGAUCUGCCGCUAGCUGGAUCGAUGAUUUCUUCUACUGGUUGAAUCCCCAGCAAGACUGCUGUAAAGAGGAUGGCAAGCUUUGCUUCGAGAACCGGAUUCCCUCGUGGAAUAUCUCUUUGUAUGGAAUGCCCGAAGGAUCCGAAUUUAUCCAUUACGCUAAGAAAUGGAUUGAUUCCCCUACCGACGCUUCUUGUCCCCUGGGCGGCAAGGCGCCAUACAGCAACGCUCUUGUCAUCAAUGACAAGCAGGACACAAUUGACGCAAGUCAUUUCCGUACCAGUCACACGCCACUCCGAAGCCAGGACGCGUUCAUUCAAGCAUACAUUGCAGCUCGCCGGAUCGCGGAUGAUAUUUCGCAAGAACACGAUAUUGAUGUCUUCCCCUACUCCAAGUUCUAUAUCUUCUUCGAUCAAUAUGUCUCCAUUGUUCGGUUAACUGGUACACUCUUGGGAUCGGCCGUCGCCAUCAUUUUUGUUUUGACAUCUGUGCUACUGGGCUCGAUUGCUACCGGGGCUGUCGUUACCACCACGGUUGUCAUGACUGUGGUCGAUAUCAUUGGCACCAUGGCUAUCGCAGGCGUGUCCUUGAAUGCCGUUUCGCUUGUGAAUCUGGUCAUUUGCGUGGGUAUAGGCGUCGAGUUCUGUGCUCACAUCGCUCGAGCGUUUAUGUUCCCUGCUCGGCCCAUCAUGGAGAAAGUGCCCACCAAAUAUCGUGGCAAGGAUGCUCGAGCAUGGACUGCAUUGGUCAACGUUGGUGGAAGCGUCUUCAGCGGUAUCACUAUAACCAAACUCUUGGGUGUUUGCGUCUUGGCCUUCACUCGGAGCAAGAUCUUCGAAAUUUACUACUUCCGCGUGUGGCUGGCCUUGGUGGUUUUUGCUGCCACUCAUGCUCUCAUUUUCCUGCCAGUUGCUUUGAGCUACUUUGGCGGUGGUGGUUACUUCGAUCCUGCAUCUGACGGUGGUCUGGAGGCCAAUCUCGCUUCACGCGGCUACCGCUCAUUGCUAGUAGAUGACGGCUAUGACUCUGAAGAAUAUUAG